UAUUUUGAAUUAUUGACAUUAGAGUUAGUGUCUAGAAAUAUAUAAUCAGUUACAUGAAAAUAUUUAGAAAGCUACCUAUUUAAAUACAAUACAUAAUAUAGUUAUUAUAUUUAAGACUUACAUAUAACGCAAUUAAAAAUGUUGCAUUUACGCUUUCCAAAUAUUUUGCGUAACAUCUUUUCUCAAGGGUUUUUAGUAACCAAUUCUCAAUCACUUGGAUAUUCAAAUGAUUCUAAAUCUUACAAGGAUGAGAAUAGUGAUAAUCCAAAAAAGGAAUCUCAAAGAAUUGCUGAAUUUCGAAAAAAAUUGAGAGAAACUACACCUAUUAAUGAUCUUGGUGAACAGCCAUUUAUGCAUCCAGCACAAAAAGAGGAUCCUUUGCCACCUUUUCCAAAUAAUACAAAUCCGAAGACUGGAGAAGUAGGUGGCCCAAGAGGACCAGAACCAACUAGAUAUGGCGAUUGGGAGAGAAAAGGAAGAGUAUCUGACUUUUAGAGAUUAUAUUUAAAAAUGAAGAAAUAUUGUUCAAUUGCUUAUUAAAUUAUAUUUUAUUUUAAAAAAUAUUGGCUGUGACCACAUUAAGAGCAUUAUUCAUAUAAGUGGCAGAAGCAGAUAGUUGAAAACCAGUAACAGUGUAUUAGGAUGUGUAAUAAUUACCUAGGCUUAUUUUCAUGGUAUUUACAAGUGAUAUUUAUUUUGAAUUAUUAUAAUAUAUCUUCAAAGAGAUGAUUGUGUUAAUAAUAAAUGUUAGUUUAUGUAAAUA